AUGAAGCUGGGCAUCGAAAGAAGAUCUUAUGGAAUUAGUUGUUCGAAUUUGGCUCCGUUGAUAGAAAAUGACGUUAAUUCUUUGGUUCUCAUAAGACACGAUCGCUUGGAAGUUCAACAGUACUGUGAUGGCAAAUUGCACCACUUACUUGAUAUUACAAUCAAUGAAAAAAUACUGUGUUUGAAAAGCCUCCCAGUCAUAAAAGAUGAUCCAUCCGAUAGAAGACACUGGCUGGUAUGCCUAACAGAGUCAAAUCAGUUAUGGUUAAUUGCGUUUUCGGACCAGCAGAAUAGCUUCGUUGUAGUGGACAGAGUGACAUUCGAAGGUCUUAAAGGUGAAAUAUGUACAAUGACUGUCACAGAAGACGGAAAUUUCAUUGCUAUAUCUUCUAUUGACAACUUUGUCCACAUAAUGUACCUGGAUCCAUCAAAGCAGCAACUCUACAAACAAGCCCUUGAACAUAAUCCUCCGGCAGGAAAAAUAAAUCGAACUUUGAAAAAAAACCGAAUAUUUUUGAAGCCUUGCAACAUUUACUUAGCGGAUGAACUGAUUCAGAACUGCCAUUUUUUGGCGGAUAAUAUUCUGGCUUUGGUUGUCAGAGAUUCAAACUUGAAAUACUUGGUCAAGUACUAUCGAGUAGUUAAACACAGUUCAAGAUUUAGUGAAUUCAAUUGUGAACUGCUGAGGAAAUUUCAGCCCUUACCAGAAACUCCAGUCUUGUCAAUUCCACUUCCUAAUGGGUGUUUAAUGGUUCUAGGAGAGGAAAUCCAUUCAAUAUACCCUUCUGGUAAAACAAUAUUUAAGUUUGAAAAUAACGCAAGUUUCGGUAUUAAUAAACUGGCGGCAGUUAAAAUCCUUACACGGGAACUCGCCAAUUUGAGAGCAAAGAUCACACAGAAACAGAUUUUUACAGUGUUUCACGUUAUUGACGAACAUAGAGUCAUCUUGGGAUCGAAUACAGGAGAUUAUUAUCUUGUCUCAUUUGACAUUCACGCACUUCCCAAAACUGAAGAAGAACUUGAGAGAGAGCAGGAAUUACUGAAUGCCCAAAGACAGCUAGAACUAGAAAUUGAGUCUCAGGACUUCUACAGUAUCUCAUCGUGGAAGUUUGUGCAUGUUGGGAAAUCGACAAUAGGAAAUGAUAUGGUACAUCUUGAGGAUCAAAAGUUUUUCAUCAGUUCUACAACUGAUAAGUCCUUAAUCGUUGACAUAGGCCGUUAUGAAAUAACUCAACUACUGAGCCUAGAGUCUGAUGGAUUUCUUGGUCCCUUAACUGCUGGUUUAUGUUAUGGGCAUGGAAAUGUUCUUUUGGCUCAAGGCACUAUUAGCAAGAGCCAUUUGUUUGGAGUCGAUGGAAGAUCAAUAACAGUACCAGGGGUGAUAAGAAAGAUAUUGCUGCGCGGUGAAUCUUUUUAUGUACUAGGUCUGAAGGAAGUUGGUUCUGAAAUUCACUCGUUUAUCUAUAUCUUGGACCAGAAACUACAGAUAAAACAUAUAAAAACAUAUGCUGAAGAAAUGCUAGACAUAGUUGUGGACAAAUAUUUCUACGUUUCCAGUAACGAUCAUAAAUCAGAUCAAAGCGUGAUCAGAUCAUUUAACUUUGACCUGCAGAAGCUCAAGGAAGUCAGGGUGCCAAUAGGCACCAUAUCCCAACUUGCAACUAGAGGGGGCUUCUUAGUUGCAGUUGGUAGUCAUCUCAAAAUCUAUAACGAAGAACUGGAGGAUCAGAUCUUGUUUUCGGUGGUUGGAAUUGCUAGCUCAUGUCUGUCAUUCUUCAACGACUCUAAGCUGCUCAUAGGUGACUUCAAAUUAGGAGUAUCCUGUCAAGACAUAGAUUUGGAUAAACCAUACAUUGGGUCUAUCAAAGCAUUACCGGUUGAAGAUAAAUUAUCACUUUGCUCCCUGGUGUCUGUUUUAUCAGAUCAGUGCUUGCUUACCAGUGAUAGUUUUGGGAACAUUAAUUUAUUCCAAAAAACUGAAGAUGGGUUCAUUUUAAAAAGCUCUCUAAAAAUUGGCGAAUCGAUUACGUUUAUAUGCAAAGGAUUUCACCAACCCAAAACAGUUUCUUUGGAAUUUGAACUCGCUAAUGAAAACAAGCUAGCAUUGAAAAAUUCUGUGGCUUUUGUUGGAACUAUGUCUGGGAAUGUUUAUUCCCUACACAAUUAA